AUGACGGCGAAGAAGACGACACCCUCAUCAUCAUCAUCAAAAAACAGACGACGACAAAACCGAACCGCCGCGGCGGCAGACAGUGGGAACAAGAACAUCUCCGACGUGGCUGCCUUAGAUGGAUUAAUCAACCAGCUUUUGAACGCGCACGGAGAGAGCGACGAUGUGUUGCAAAAAGUGUGCAUAGAAAACAUCAUGGCGUUUGACCAACAGAUGUGGUUACGAAUGGCCUCGAGAAUCGAUAACGUCAACACGGACGAAGAGAAAGACGCGAUUGCAGACGUCAUGUCGAAGUGCAUGAAAAUUAUCGAAGCGACGUUGAAGAAGGCGGAAGAGACGAUCGAUCGGUCCUCGGAACAGUUGCAACGCAUAAUAUCCGCGGCGGCGGAUCAAACGACCAUGGAGUUUGACGUGCCGCUGAAAUCAGACGCGUUGAGACGCAUGGAAGCGGAAAUUAAGAAUUGCACGGUCGAUGAAGGCAUGUUGAACACGACGUACGCGUGGAUUCGAAAGUCGGACGAGGAUAAAAUGGACGGAAUGGUGCACAUUUUGCAAAAGUUUUUACAAGUGUACGCCGCCGGGGAGUUGAACAAGAAUAAGGCUCCGUUAGACGAGUUGUUGGGGUGUUCAAACACGGACGACUGGCCCGUGGUGUUUCAAAAGUUAGUCAACGAAGGUUACGGGGAAGUCGCGUUUACAAAAGAACUUCAACAAAGGAUGGAAGAGGUCGUUUUGGGAUUGACGAAUGGCAGCUACGCGCAAAGAGUGCAGGCCGAAUAUUUGAAGGAAGUGGAAGAGCGUUCCAAGGAGUAUUUCAAGCAAGUUUAA